AUGGCUUCUCAGGAGAUAUCAACACCGGAGACAAAAGUGCUAGCCAUCGCUAGUCAUGUCGUAUAUGGAUAUGUCGGCAACACGAUGGCAACUUUUGUCAUGCAGACGCUAGGAUGUGACGUUGGCGCCAUCAAUACUGUACAGUUCAGUAAUCACACGGGCUACCGACAAUUCAAAGGCAGGCGCACGCCCGCCGACGAGAUCACCGAGUUGUACGACGGAUUGCGAAACUCGUAUUUGACCGACUUCGACGUGCUGUUGAGUGGGUACGCUCCUAGCGCGGAAGUCGUCCGCGCGGUUGCUCUUAUCGCAAGGGAUCUACGUUACCGGGCGACGGUCAAGCCUGGUCGGUUCUUCUGGAUCGUGGACCCCGUCAUGGGAGACCAGGGACGGUUGUACGUGGCCGAGGAUAUUGUGCCGGCGUACAAGCAGCUGGUUCGCGAGGCAGAUUUAAUCCUGCCGAAUCAAUUCGAGGCCGAGUUGUUGAGUGGGUUGAGCAUCAACAGUUUGACGGGUGUCGCGAAUGCCGUGAGCGCGAUGCACAAGACGUACGGGACUAGCCAUGUCGUGGUGACGAGCGUGACUGUGGGAGACGCUGCGAGGCCUGAUGAUCAAGAGGCGGUAUCCACGGGGAGUAUACUGACGGUGGUGGGGAGCAGCAAGCGACGCGACGGGAGCGCGCGCUUGUUCAAGGUCGAGGUGCCGCGGUUGGAUUGCUUCUUCAGUGGCACUGGGGAUAUGUUUGCAGGACUGAUGGUGGGGAGGUUACGCGAGGCGUGUGCCCAGAUGGGACUGCUGGACACGGCGGCGUGGAUGCCGGAUGAUGAUGUGCCGGCGGUCGAGUUGCCGCUGGCCAAGGCCACGGAGAAGGUGCUGAGUAGUAUGCACAUGGUCCUGGAGAAGACCAUCAAGGCCCGGGAUGAGGAGAUGAGCAGGUUCGGGCUGUCUCCUGGGGCGAGUGUCGGUGGCGUGGAGGGCCAAGGGGCGCCAGAGAGCGACAGCGAGGACAAGAGACGGUAUCUGGCGCAGACUAAGGCUGCAGAGGUGAGGGUCGUGAGGAACGCAAGGGAUCUGGUGUGUCCCGAGGAGAGAUUCAAGGCUGUUGCUAUGGAAGUAUGA